AUGUUUUGUGAUAAAAACUGUCAAAGCCUGGGCUGGAAAGACCACAAAUUUGAAUGUAAAGGAAUUAAAAUAAACAAAGGACAAGUCCCGGAUAUUGAAGUUAGACUGCUUGGACGUAUUGUGAGCAGACAUAAAGCUAUCCUUUGUGGAGUAGACAAAAAAGACCCAGAUUUUUACAAAGAUAGACAAUCCAAACGUAAAAUUAUGGAGAUUUGGGCGCAUACUGAGAGGAUUAAAAAUGAUGAAUAUGCAAUGAGGAAAUUUGAAGGUAUUUAUGAACGUUUAUGUCGCUUCUAUGACCCUAAAGCAAUGCUUAACAAACAAGUAGUGUUUGAACUUCAUUGCCGUGAUUUUAUCAACCGGCACGCUAUAAGCGACAAACACUAUUUGAGGGAAAUUGGAAAGGGUCUUUAUUUGGAUUUGUGUGCUUAUGACCACAGUUGUCGCCCAAAUACAGUAUACAGUUGUCACUCAUUUAUAGCUACAUUGAGAUCGUUAGAUUCUAAGGUAGUUUUUAAAAUAAAUUUAAAAUGGUUUCAAGCCCUCGAAGCCUAA